AAAUAAACAAAUUAAAGAUCAUAUGAACAAAGAUAUUGGCCUGAUAUUAGUGAUAUACGUAAUAUAUCGUAAUAAGUGAGUGGUUGUGUAUUACAAUCCCAUUUGUUCACUUGGAAUUGAGCGGCCAACAUGAUAUGGUUGUGUUCUGGAAAAAAGCCUAUUUAUUGGACCGUCUUAUGUGAAGUUUUAGCAGGAAUUGUACAGAUUUUUGCAGCAAAGUCUCAAUAUGAUUCGAUCCACCACUGGUUGGCAUUAGUGAUGGCGAAUGCCAAAUCUGCACCGGCGGAGGCUGGAUCCGCAAAUGUGGCGGCCAGAUCGGCGGCAACAAUCAGUUUUACGGUGGCAGUGACUAGAUCUACGGCGUCGGCAGCCAGAUCUACGAUGACGAUGGCCAGAUGGAAUCGGCAGCCAAUUCUGUGGCGGCUCCGGCGGCCUGCAACGGGUGGAGGUCCGGUGUCCUGUUUUGCCAAGCUUGAGGGUAAAGCAUGCAGCCAACACAAAAGUGCGGAGUUCGUCUGAUUGUAGUGACCAAGUGAAUGGAGGCAUUAUACUGCUUUUGUUCGCUGUAGCAUGCAUGAUCGUUUUCGCUCAAUUAUAUGCUACGAUCUAUGCAUUUAUCGUUGCCGGUUGUUGCGAUAGUAAUCAUAGUAUUGAGGAUGUGCACAAACUCAUGAAGGCGUAUGCAAGAGUUUAUUUGUUGGUAUCAUGGUAUGUUCCUACGCAUAUACGGAGUAUGUGAACAUCAUAUUUAUUUGACUUAAUUAAAAUGAAAAAAUUAUCGGGUGUAUAUAUGACAGGCAAUAUGGUUUGAAGUGCAAAAAUGUGCGAUAGAUAAUUAAUUUCCCUUAUAAAUAAUGGAAAAAGAAAUUCCCC